AUCUAUUUGUACCUUAAUGUAGUCCGAGCAAUUUUCCAACUUGCCAGAAGCCAACCAUUGAGUCACAUCGUGUCUCACAAAAAAAAGGCAGUACAACCCUAUACAAUUUUUGGAUUAAGUCAAAAUGGCUUCUGAAACAGCUAAAACAUUAUGCGCCGGUAUUGAUUGCCAUAAUUUCGCGAAUAAAUUGCAAUGUCCAAAAUGUUUGGCCAACAACACUAGUUCCUUCUUUUGCGGACAAGAUUGUUUUAAAAAUAGCUGGUCAAUUCAUAAGCAAUUACACAUUCCUCCUGGAGCUGUUAAAAAAGAGGACGGAACUUAUGAUCCCUUCCCCAAAUUCAAGUAUACCGGGUCUGUUAGAGCUAAUUAUCCUCUUUCACCUAUUCGUAAGGUACCACAACAUAUCAAGAGACCUGACUAUGCGAAGUCAGGUAGUUCUCGUAGUGAACAAAUUGAAGGUCGUAGCUUCAAAAUCAAGCGUUUGUCUCCUGAAGAGCAAGAACAAAUGCGAAUAGUCUGCCGGCUUGGUCGUGAAGUGCUUGACACCGCUGCUGCUGCUAUUCGUCCUGGUGUUACUACAGAUGAAAUUGAUCGUAUCGUUCAUGAGGCUACUAUUGAACGUGAAUGUUAUCCUAGUACUCUAAAUUAUUAUGCCUUUCCAAAAAGUGUUUGCACGUCGAUAAAUGAAAUUAUUUGUCAUGGUAUUCCCGAUCAGAGGCCUUUACAGGAUGGAGAUAUCAUAAAUUUGGAUAUCAGCAUAUACCACAAUGGAUUCCACGCAGAUUUGAAUGAGACUUAUUAUGUCGGUGACAAGGCAAAGAGUAAUCCUGAACUUGUUAGCCUUGUUGAGAAUACUCGUAUUGCUUUGGAUAAGGCGAUUGAGGCUAUUAAACCCGGUGUCAUGUUUCAAGAGUUUGGUAACAUUAUUGAAAAACAUGCAAAGUCUGUUACCGAUGUAAACCUUUCAGUCGUUCGAACAUACUGUGGACAUGGAGUGAAUCAACUUUUCCACUGUGCUCCAACAAUUCCCCAUUAUGCCCGUAACAAAGCCCCAGGGAUUGCUCGUCCUGGAAUGACAUUUACCAUUGAGCCAAUGUUGACUUUAGGCCCUGCGAGAGACAUUACUUGGCCAGAUGAUUGGACAUCAUCAACUGCUUCUGGUAAAUGUUCUGCUCAGUUUGAACACACUCUUCUUGUUACUGAAACUGGUUGUGAAAUUUUGACAGCUCGUUUACCUAACUCACCUGGUGGACCCCUAAAAUAAAUUAAGUAAUAAGAAAUAGUAUGAAAGUACAUUACUUGAAUCAGUUUUAUAAAAAAAAUAAAUAA